AUGGUUCAACUCGCCCACAUCUUCAAGAAAGACAAGGACAAGGAGAAACUCGAGAAACAUUCAGAACAAUUUGAUAGUUCACGGUCACCUCGAAAUUCCUUCUCCGCUCCGCGCACUUCGUCUACGAAGUCACCUACAAAGUCGCCCUCUAAAUCUUCCUCCAAGUCGCCCUCCAAGUCUCCAUCCAAAUCCCCCUCCAAAUCCUCAAAACCCUCCUACUUCUCCCACAGUCGGUCUUCCUCACACACAGGACCGACCAACUUUAAAUUCUCCCGGUCUUCGCGUGACCAGGACAUCCACCCACUUAAUCUUCCGCCCGACGAACUACGUCGUCGAUUAUCCGCCAUGGCAGCUUCCAACGAGGACCAACGGAGUUCAAUGGAUAUCGAUUCUCAGGAACCCCAACAGGAGAACGGCGUCAAAGUCAAUGGCAGCGAGGAGCGGAGUCCGACCCCGCCACCGCAUCUCCCUACCGCUGCCUCUGCUGACGAGGCUGAUUCCUUUAAGUUGGCCGGAAACAAGUUUUUCAAGGAUGGCAACUACCGCAGAGCGAUCGAAGAAUAUAACAAGGCCAUCGAGAUCAACCCCAACUCAUCCGCCUACCUCUCUAACCGCGCGGCGGCUUACAUGUCUGCUAAACAAUAUUUGAAUGCGCUCGAGGAUGUUCAGCGCUCCAACGAGCUUGACCCCAACAACCCGAAGAUCUUGCACCGAUGGGCCAAGAUUUUGACGAGUCUGGGUCGCCCCCAAGAGGCCUUGGACGUUCUUUCCAGCAUCCAACCCCCCGCGACCGCCACCGACCGGGCAGCCGCAGAAAAGAUGCUGCGAUUCGUUAAACAAGCCGAGGAGACAUUAGCAGAAGAUCGCGGUGUAUCGAUGGUCAUCUACUGUUUGGACCAGGCACGACAAGGACUCGGACAAGGCGUCAAGGAGCCCCGCAAGUGGACCCUUCUGGAAGCCGAGGCGCAGCUCAAGUUGAACAACAGCAACUCGCUCGGCAAGGCGCAGGAUAUCGCCAUUUCCCUGCUCCGCGAGAACAGCCAGGAUCCGGAUGCCAUGAUGAUCCGCGCCCGCGCCUUCUACGCUCUCGGUGAGUCCGAGCAGGCGCUGAAGCUUUUGAAGAUGUGCCUUGGGCUGGACCCGGAUAUGAAGCAGGCCAUUAAGCUCCUGCGCAUUGUGCAGAAGUUGGCUCGUACCAAAGAGGAAGGAAACACCGCUUUCAAGGCUAAGGAUUACCGCCGCGCCAUCGAUCUCUGGACCCAGGCUCUCGAAGUCGAUCCUUCAAACAAGGAUAUGAACGCCAAGAUUCUUGGUAACCGUGCUCAGGCUUAUAUCAACCUGAAGGAGUACGACAGCGCUAUUCAGGAUUGUACCGAGGCUCUCCGCCUCGACCCUGGCUACGUUAAGGCCAUGAAGGUCCGCGCCAAGGCUCACGGUGGUGCUGAAAACUGGGAGGAGGCCGUCCGCGAUUAUAAGAGCGUUGCAGAGAACAACCCCGGCGAGAAGGGCAUUGCGGAGGAGAUCCGUCGCGCUGAAUUCGAGUUGAAGAAGUCUCAGCGCAAGGAUUACUAUAAGAUCCUCGGGGUUGGCAAGGAUGCCAGCGAACAGGAAAUCAAGAAGGCCUACCGCAAGAUGGCUAUCCAGUACCACCCCGAUAAGAACCGUGAUGGUGAAGCCGGUGAUGAGAAGUUUAAGGAAAUCGGCGAGGCAUAUGAGACUUUGAUUGACUCUCAGAAACGUGCCGCUUACGAUAACGGUGAUGACCUGAUUGAUCCCAACGACAUGUUCAGCGGCGGCGGCGGUGGUUUCGGCGGCAUGGGAGGCAUGGGCGGUAUGGGUGGUAUGGGCGGUAUGGGCGGCAUGGGCGGCGGCGCCAGCCACAUCAACAUCGACCCCAACAUCCUAUUCAACAUGAUGAACGGCGGUGGUGGUGGAGGCUUCGCCCAAGCUGGCGGCAACCCCUUCGGUGGCCAUGGCCACUCCCACGGCGGCGGCGGCUUCCCCUUCUAG